AUGCAUGAAGAAAGCUUUGAGGCAGGUAAGAGCUGGCCAGGUCUGCCGGAUAAGUUGGGAAGAAGUCUUCGCAAGAUUGUGGAUAAGACGAAAGAUAAAGCAAACUCGAAAGCAUCGACCACCGAAGAACAAGGGAAACUGGCAGACCGAGUGGCUCUUGACCGACUGUAUGUUGGAGAUUCGUUCGAGGCGACCGACCCUGAAAUAAUGAUGACCGAAGAGCAUGGUAGGUUGGCAGAACGAUUGGCUUUGGUGCAAUUGAGCCCUGUUGGUUCAGGGAAUGGUGUGCAGUACGACAACGGUGGAGAUAUUGGCAUGGCGUAG